AUGGCUCUUACUGCACAAUAUGACCUGUUUUUACAUCAAAUGGAUGUAAAGACAGCCUUUUUAAAUGGGAGACUGGAUGAAGAAAUAUAUAUGGUGCAACCUGAGGGUUUUAUAAAGGAAGGAGAAGAGCAUUUGGUCUGCAAACUCAAGAAGUCCAUUUAUGGACUGAAGCAGGCAUCAAGGCAAUGGUACUUGAGUGGGAGCAAUUUCAUCUUCUUAGUACUCUAUGUCGAUGAUAUUUUACUGGCCACUAACAAUUUGUCUAUGCUUGCUGCAAAGUUUUUUCUGUCAUCACAUUUCGAGAUGAAAGAUAUGGGGGAGGCGUCUUAUGUGCUAGGAGUAGAGAUACACAGAGACAGAAGUCGUGGUAUGCUUGGUUUAUCACAGAAGGGAUACAUAGAAAGAGUGCUUAAAAGAUUUAACAUGUUAUCUUGUGCAUCUGGAGAAGUUCCUAUUACAAAAGGAGACAAACUAAGUAGAGCUCAAAGUCCUCAAAAUGAGUUGGAGAAAGAAGAGAUGAAGAACAGACCCUAUGCAUCUUUAGUGGGCAGCUUAAUGUAUGCUCAAGUAUGCACAAGACCAGACAUUGCCUUUGCAAUUAGUGUGUUAGGCAGAUUUCAAGCAAAUCCAGGGAAUGCACAUUGGAUAGCGGCCAAGAAAGUCAUGAGAUAUUUGCAAAGGACAAAGAGUUUUAUGCUGGUUUAUCAGAGACAAGAAAGCUUGGAGUUAGUAGGAUAUUGUGAUUCUGAUUUUGCAGGUUGUCCAGAUGAUUUAAAGUCUACAUCAGCAUUUGUUUUCUUGCUAGCAGGAGGAGCUGUUUCAUGGAAAAGUUCGAAGCAAAGCACCGUGGCUGCUUCAACGAUGCAGGCUGAGUUUGUUGCUUGUUAUGAGGCCACCAUCCAAGCAUCUUGGUUGAAGAAUUUUAUAACAGGUUUGCGUGUGGUGGAUUCGAUUGCCAGACCUGUGCAAAUUUUCUGUGAUAAUAGUGCAACAGUAUUUUAUUCCAGAAACAACAAGAGGUCAGCGGGUACAAAACAUCUUGAAAUAAAGUUUCUGUUAGUGAGAGAGAAGAUUAAGCAAGGCCAGACUCGGAUUGAUCACAUAAGCACACAUGAUAUGAUUGCUGACCCUUUGAAUAAAGCAAUUCCCAACAGUAUAUUCAAGAGACAUGUGACUAGCAUGGGGAUUUUGGCUAGUUUCGAUGAUGCAGAAUAG